AUGCCUUCAAAGAGGUUUCAAUGGAGAUCCUUAGUACUUGGUUGUUUCAAGGCCAAGAACCAACAACCCUCGGAAGCUCCAAACAUAGUUUCAAAGAAGUCAUCAUCAAGUAGAAUCUUCCUCUCUGAUUUAAGCCUAAGUGAUUAUUCAUCACUCUCUAUCAUGAGUGAUUUAUCCAAUUCUCUAGUGGGAUCAAAUCUUCGAAUUUUCACCUACCAGGAGCUCAAAGAGAUCACACACAGCUUUAGCAAAUCCAACAUUCUUGGGGAAGGUGGGUUUGGGAAGGUGUAUAAAGGGUUUAUUGAUGACAAUCUUAAGCCUGGGUUGAAACCUCAGGCUGUGGCAGUUAAGGCCUUAAACUUGGAUGGGAAACAAGGCCACAGAGAGUGGUUGGCUGAAGUAAUCUUUCUGGGGCAGUUGAAGCAUCGCCAUCUGGUUAACCUGAUUGGCUAUUGCUGUGAAGAUGAGCAUAGGCUUCUUGUGUAUGAAUACAUGGAAAGGGGCAAUCUAGAGGAAAAACUUUUCAAAGGUUAUGUAGCAGCCUUGCCUUGGCUAACAAGAAUCAAAAUAGCAAUUGGGGCAGCUAAGGGACUUAUGUUUCUUCAUGAAGAAGAAAAACCAGUCAUAUACAGAGAUGUUAAGUCCUCAAACAUUCUAUUGGACGCUGAUUACAAUGCCAAGCUCUCAGAUUUUGGUUUAGCAAUAGAUGGACCAGAAAAAGACCAAACACACAUUACAACUCGUGUGAUGGGCACACAAGGUUAUGCAGCCCCUGAGUAUAUCAUGACAGGCCAUUUGACAACCAUGAGUGAUGUAUACAGCUUUGGAGUUGUUCUCUUAGAGCUCCUCACAGGAAAGAAAUCCGUGGACAAAAAACGACCCACCAGAGAGCAGGAUUUGGUGGAAUGGGCAAGGCCUUUGUUGAAGGAUUCCUACAAACUAGAGAGAAUUAUGGACCCAAGACUUGAGGAUCAGUACUCACCUGAAGGGGCAAGAAAAUUUGCAGCCUUGGCUUACCAAUGUUUGAGCCAUCAUGCAAAGGGUAGGCCCACCAUGAGAACAGUGGUUAGGACCUUAGAGCCUCUCUUGAAAUUGAAAGACAUCCCAGUUGGCCCUUUUGUCUAUGUGGUUCCCAGUGAGGAAGACAGAGACUUACCCAAAGUGAAUGAAAAAGAAACAGAAAAUGACCAUGUUGUUGAGAUCAACCAAGCUGAUGAGUUAAAUCCCAAAGAAGAAGAAAAGGGAGAGAAAAAAGAAAAGGGUCACCACCGGCAAAGAAAAAGUCGUCGCCAUAAACGUCGUGUUAAGCCCUUGAGGUCUCGAGCAGUUUACUCUGACACUGCUCUGUACAAAACUCUUGGUACAAAUCUGUACUCUCCCAAACAAGCAUCAUGA